UCGAUUCAUAGUAGUCAAUAAACAAAACACAUAGAACACAACACUUUCAAUUUUUUUCAUUUUCUGACAGCAACAACAAGAACACCGAACACAUAGAAAGAAGAUGCACGCGAAAACAGACUCUGAGGUAACAAGCCUCGCCGCGUCCUCCCCCACGCGCUCCCCUCCUCGCCGCCCUCUCUACUACGUCCAGAGUCCGUCCAGGGACUCCCACGACGGCGAGAAGACCGCCACUACUUCGUUUCAUUCCACCCCUGUUCUGAGCCCAGUUGCCUCUCCUCCUCACUCGCGCCAAUCCUCCUCCACGCGCUUCUCCAAGAAGGAUCACAGCCACAGUCUCAAGCCCUGGAAGCAAAUCGAUGUCAUUGAAGAGGAAGGCCUUCUUCAAGGUGAUGAUCGCCGCAAUGGGCUCUCUCGUCGCUGCUACUUUCUCGCCUUUGUUGUUGGUUUCCUGCUUCUCUUCUCCCUCUUCUCACUCAUCCUCUGGGGGGCUAGUAGACCCAUGAAGCCCAAGAUCUCCGUCAAGAGCAUAAAGUUUGAUGAUCUCAGAGUACAAGCUGGUUCAGAUGCAACUGGUGUGACCACCGAUAUGAUCACAAUGAAUUCCACUUUGAAAUUCACAUACCGAAACACAGGCACGUUUUUCGGGGUCCAUGUCACAGCCACACCCGUGGAACUCUCCUAUUCAGACAUCGUAAUUGCUUCAGGCGAUAUGAAGAAGUUUUAUCAGUCUAGGAGGAGCCAAAGGUUGGUGAGUGUAGCAGUGAUGGGUAACAAAAUCCCUCUGUAUGGAAGUGGUGCUAGCCUAAGUAGCACAACGGGUAUGCCCACAGUGCCUGUGCCAUUGAACCUAAAAUUCGUGCUACGAUCAAGGGCUUAUGUGCUUGGGAAAUUGGUGAAGCCUAAGUACUACAAAACCAUUAAAUGUUCCAUCACUUUGGAUCCCAAGAAGCUCACUUCUCCGGUUUCUCUCAAAAAAUCUUGCAUAUAUGAUUGAUACAUAUACUUGUGAUAGAGAUUAUGUGGAAUGCACAUGCAAAAGAAGAAUUAUCUGAAAAAAAAUGGAAGUUAGAACAUUAUUCUAUUAUUAAUGGAUUCUUUUGCCGUUUGGGAAGAAAUGGGCGUUAUACAGCUCAGAUAAGGACGCGUUUUUGGGAGUAUUUGGCUGCCAAAUUGCCUCAAAUUGCGGAAAGACAAAGACAUGAUGUUGGGUUGGGUAGAGAAAUGUAACAUUGUGGAUUUGUGAUUGGUCAUUUCAAUAAGACUUUUUUUCUUUUUUUCUUUUUGGUGUUGAUUAUUAUUUGUCUGAGUUUAAUCUAUUAAUUGUAAAAGUGACAGGUAAUUUGGAUUCAUUCAAUUUCAAUGUUGUAAUUGCAUCUUUGUCCUUGUAAUUAUGGUGUAAUUAUAGCCAUAUAAGUUUGGGUU